ACCAAAAGAUCUUCCUCCACCGUCCCGUCGCUUCCGCCCUCUCUCUCCCUCUCCGCCGCGAGAGGCCGCGAACGACGGCCCGCCUCGCCGGAAAACCCUCGGUUCCUCGGCGGCCGGAGACUCUCCCUCCGAUCGCCACCUCCGGAAUCGCUCGGCCCGACGCGGAGAGGGCUUCGGGGUUUCCUCGCCCCAUGCUUCUCCGUCGCGCGUAGUGUCCCGAUAUCGGCCGUCCGGAUAAGGCGUCGGGAGCUAUGGAUCCCUCCGCCGGCGACGCGGCCUCGCCGCCGCCUCAUCGCGGGGCGAGGGGCGAGAGCGGGAAUCUCUCCGUACUGCUCCGAUUGUUCCUGGCUCUCCUUUUCCCCGUCGUCUUCUUCUUCUCCUCGUCGUUCGUGAUCGGCGUCGUCGCCCUCCUCGUCAGUAACUUCUCGAUCCCCAGCCCUAUGUCGCUGCCUGCUCAGUGCAAAAUCGUCUCCAGCAGUGUGGAUAUAAGGUCGUCUAAAGUUUGCGAGCUUGGGCUGUUGAAUUAUAACGCCAAGAUUGUCUUCAGCUCGUCCGAGAAAAGGAAAUUCCGGUGCCAUUAUGAUUACUAUUGGGCUUCAGUAUUUAAGGUAGAAUAUAAGGAUCAUUUAUCAGGUCAGACUCAAUUAGCACUUGCAGAGGCCCCAAACGAGGCCCUUCCUGCUGAUUGCAGACCUGGUUUUGGGGUUGCUUGGUUGACCAAAGAUAAAUUUAAGGUGAAUAAUACUUAUGACUGCUGGUAUGCAUCUAGCAAUUCCAAAGUAAGCAUCUAUCAUGAUGACUUCUUCAGUUGUCAAGCCAAAGAUCCAUCUGCAAUGGAGAUGAUGAGGAGAUACUAUAUAUUGUUCUUGGAGAUUUUCAAAUCCUGGGUAACUGGCAAGAUCAGGGCUAAAUAUUGGAAAUGGGAAACCAUUGUUGGGGUGGUUACUGGUUUCUCAACCUCCUUAAUAUCAAUGAGUUUUAUCAGACUUUUUCAACAGAUCAAAUCUCGGCAUCGGUCGCAUCCAACCAGGAACCUGCCUUGCACAGUUAGUGCAAACCGAUUAAAGCGUGCUUGUUUGUUUGUGGCAUAUGUAUCUUUUACUGGUUGGCUUGCUUUACAAUAUGGAAAAAGGCUGGGCCUUCCCCUCAUUUAUAUUUAUAGGUAGUUUGGAAAAGCCAUUUUUUGUCACCUUGCCAUAUAGGAAUCUGCUACUAAUGUAAUUGCAGGAUCUUGUUAUAUAUUUGUAAUUAGCAGAAAAGAGACAAACGUUUGCUCAGCAAGUGUUUGGUUCUGUGUGGAAUAGCGGGAUAUAUGUAGUGAAGGGAAUUCAAGCAAGAGGCAAUUCAAAAUGCUGUGGUUGAUCUCUUAAUCAUCCUGAAUUUGUGAUGUGAGAUGUGAAUUGAGUAUC